AGCUUUUACUGAGCGCCAGGUGUUGAGUCCCACAUAGUGGGGUCACUCUAGGAGGGAUCCUGAGACCUAUUUCUCACUCUAGACUCUUUCACUGGUGUGCUUCAACCCUGAGACCUCAAUGUGGGCGUCACCUCGCAUUUUGAGAUUUCCAACCCAAAUCUUUUCCCUCAGAUCCGACUCCAGGCUGACAACUGUAAGUCUCAAGGACAGUUAAGACUCAACAUUUUAAAAACUUAAUUCUUUUGUCUCACCCCCCACCCCCACCCCAACCCUGUCCCAAAUCUGAUGCUUUUCAGAGAUGCUGCUUCCUUGAAAGGGAUCCUCAUUUCCUCUUGCCAUGCAAGCCAGAAACCGCGCUCAUUCUGGACACCUUUGUCUCCCUCACCUCAGGACUUGGUGGUGGAUCUUGCCGACACCUCCCCGUUCCAUGUUUCUAGAUCUCCACUUCCACCACCCUGGUCCCCCUACCUCAUCUCUGGCCUGGACAACUGCAUUGCCCUUCCACUUGUACUUCCUAAUCCAUUGUCCCAUCCGUUCCCUGCUCAUCAGCCAGAGUGGGAUUGCUCCAAAUGCUCUUCCCCCCAAAAAGAGCAGAUUUCGCUCCAUCCCUGUCUUCACAUAUUUCAGUGGAUGGCAUGGAUCUGGUAACAGACCAACAGUCUAACACGGUUCCAAUGCUAUUUUGCGCAACCUGUCUGGUGACUGUUUGCCCUUUGAUCUCUGCGCUUGGGCCGCCCUGAUUCUCCAUCAGGUCCUUAAACCAGCCACCUUCAGCCUCUUGCAAGACCUUGACGUAUGGCUGAUAGCCUGAAAAGUCAUCUCUUCUCCAAAGUUUACCACCAUACUGUCUAUGCUGCCUUUAUUUCUCAGCUUUAUUUCUCUUCCUCGCCAAAGCAUUUCUCAAUUUCCCGUACUGGAUUAGGUCUGUAAAUGUUGUUCAAAGCACUUUAAAUAAUUGGUGCCCGUAGAGUUACCUGUGUGCAUGUGUGUGUGUGUUUGAUGAAUAUCCAUUCUUUUUACUAGAAGAUAAGCUCAGGAGAACAAGGACCACGUCUCUGUAUUUACCCUUAUGCCCGCCUAUGCCUAGCGUAGAGCUAGAACAUCGUAGUGGUCCGGUACAUAUUUGAAUAAGUACAUCGUGAGGAGGCACGACGGGAUUACGACAUGAUUAAACAAACUAUCUUGUGUUCUAGUUAUUGGGCAAGAAACAAUCUCCGUCUCUAAAGCAGGGAUUUUCAAACAUUGGUGAGGAUCACGAUCACCUGGAGAACUUAUAAAGCGUGCUGGCUCCCGGCCCCAGCAUUUCUGAUUCAGUAGGCGUGGGUGUGUCAAAACUCUGCAUUUCUAAUGAGCUUCCUGGUGAGACCAGACUUCCAGAACCACAGUACGAGACCAUAUACAUUUUUGAAGACACUUCUUCCAUUUUUGAGAAAUCAUUCCUUUUCAUUUACUGCACGAGGCAUAGCCUUGGAUGCUACAGGAAAGGGUCAGCUUUGCUCCUCCCGAGUUGUUUCCAGCCUUGGGAGAAGCUCCCAUAUUUCUACAACUGUGCCUGGCAUGGCUUGGGGACUCCGUUUCCAGCAGGGAUUUUAUUCACUAGCAGGACUCUCGUGAUUCUCAACAGGGACAAGUGCCUGCAACUGAAACGAAAGCACAGAGGGAGGGGAGGGAGGCUUAGGUUUCAAACAUCUUUCACUGAGGAAUUAGCUAUAAAGAGACACACAACAAUAAAGCAUGAAUUGAGCCCAGACACCGUCGUUCACAGCAAACUUACCCUCUGAAACUGGCUCCACGCCAGCUUGAAGCCAGGUGCCUCUCUUGGAUCUCAGUCAAGUGCCCUGCGGCCACCUACGGAGCACUCAGGUAAGAUCCUGAAAGCCCCUCACCUCCAUCUGCCCUGCUUGAUUAGUAUUUCAGGUCCCACCAAAGGACUCCCAGCUGGCUGGCCCGGGUCCAGCCGCUCAGGCUCGCCCAUCACAUCCUCGGUGCCACCGUGGGGAGGAUGGGCCGGACCGUCAGGAGGGGGAUGACAACUGGGCCACCUUCGUCUCUCGGAGCUCACCUCAGAGAGGCGCUCCAGCUGUGCUGCCUCUGCUGUGCGUCGGUCGCCGCAGCCCUAGCCAGUGACGGCGGCGGCGGCGGCGGCGGAUUAAACGUCGAUUACGUCUUUGUCACGCCGGUGGAAGUGGACUCAGGCGGGUCGUAUAUUUCACACGACAUUUUGCACAACGGCAGGAAAAAGCGAUCGGCGGGGAGUGCCGGCAGCUCCCCGCAUUACCGAUUUUCAGCAUUUGGACAGGAACUACAUUUAGAACUGAAGCCCUCGGCGAUUUUGAGCAGUCACUUUGUUGUCCAGGUACUUGGAAAUGAUGGUGCUUUGGAGACUCCGGAACCCGCAGUGCAGCGAUGCUUCUAUCAGGGAUUUAUCAGAAAUGACAGCUUCUCCUCCGUCGCUGUGUCUACGUGUGCCGGCUUGUCAGGUCUAAUAAGGACCCGAAAAAAUGAAUUCCUCAUCUCCCCGUUACCUCAGCUGCUGGCCCAGGAACAUAACUACAGUGCACCUGCAGGGCAUCAUCCUCACGUACUGUACAAAAGGACGGCUGAGGAGAAGGUCCAGCGUUGCCAUGGCUACCUAGGCUCCAGCGGGCAUCAUCCUGGUCACCCCCCAAAUCACAUGCCCCACACAUCUCGGAGUCAAGAAAGAGAGCAUCACCACCCAAGGUUGCAAAAGCAGCAUUUUUGUGGACGACGCAAGAAAUAUGCCCCUAAGCCUCCCACGGAGGACACCUAUCUCAGGUUUGAUGAAUACGGGAGUACAGGGCGACCCAGAAGAUCAGCUGGAAAGUCACAAAAGGGCCUAAAUGUGGAAACCCUUGUAGUAGCAGACAAGAAAAUGGUGGAAAAACAUGGCAAGGCAAAUGUCACCACGUACAUUCUCACAGUCAUGAACAUGGUUUCUAGCCUAUUUAAAGAUGGGACCAUUGGAAGUGAUAUAAACAUUGUUGUGGUGAGCCUCAUUCUUCUGGAACAAGAACCUGGAGGAUUAUUGAUCAACCAUCAUGCAGACCAGUCUCUGAAUAGUUUCUGUCAAUGGCAGUCCGCCCUCACUGGAAAGAAUGGCAAGAGGCAUGACCAUGCCAUCCUCCUCACGGGAUUUGACAUUUGUUCCUGGAAGAAUGAACCAUGUGACACUCUAGGGUUUGCCCCCAUCAGUGGAAUGUGCAGUAAGUACCGAAGUUGUACCAUCAAUGAGGACACAGGGCUCGGCCUGGCCUUCACCAUUGCUCAUGAGUCAGGGCACAACUUCGGCAUGAUUCACGAUGGGGAAGGCAAUCCCUGUAGGAAGGCUGAAGGCAAUAUCAUGUCUCCCACACUGACAGGAAACAAUGGGGUGUUUUCCUGGUCUUCGUGCAGCCGGCAGUAUCUCAAGAAAUUCCUUAGCACACCUCAGGCUGGGUGCCUGGUGGACGAGCCCAAGCAAACAGGACAGUAUAAAUAUCCAGACAAACUACCAGGACAGAUUUAUGAUGCCGACACACAGUGCAAGUGGCAAUUUGGAGCAAAAGCCAAGUUAUGUAGCCUUGGUUUUGUGAAGGACAUUUGCAAGUCCCUUUGGUGCCACCGAGUGGGUCACAGGUGUGAGACCAAGUUCAUGCCCGCGGCAGAAGGGACCGUUUGUGGCUUGAGUAUGUGGUGUCGGCAAGGCCAGUGCGUAAAGUUUGGGGAUCACGGGCCCCGGCCCGUCCACGGCCAGUGGUCCGCCUGGUCGAAGUGGUCCGAGUGUUCCCGAACUUGUGGUGGCGGAGUCAAGUAUCAAGAGAGACACUGCAAUAACCCCAAGCCUCAGUAUGGUGGCAAGUUCUGUCCAGGUUCUAGCCGUGUAUAUCAGCUGUGCAAUAUUAACCCUUGCAGUGAAAAUAGCUUGGAUUUCCGAGCCCAGCAAUGUGCAGAAUAUAACAGCAAACCUUUCCGUGGAUGGUUCUACCAGUGGAAACCCUACACAAAAGUGGAAGAGGCAGAUCGAUGUAAACUGUACUGCAAGGCUGAGAACUUUGAAUUUUUUUUCGCAAUGUCUGGCAAGGUGAAAGACGGAACUCCUUGCUCCCCAAACAAACACGACGUUUGUAUUGAUGGGAUCUGUGAACCAGUGGGAUGCGACCAUGAACUGGGCUCUAACGCAGUUUUGGACGCGUGUGGUGUUUGCAAAGGGGAUAAUUCCACUUGCAAGUUUUAUAAAGGCCUGUACCUCAACCAGCACAAGGCAAAUGAAUAUUAUCCUGUAGUCACCGUGCCAGCGGGGGCCCGAAGCAUCGAGGUCCAGGAGCUACAGCCCUCCGCUGGUUACCUGGCAGUCAGAAGCCUCGGUCAGAAGUAUUACCUCACGGGGGGCUGGAGCAUCGACUGGCCUGGGGAGUUCACCUUCGCUGGGACCGUGUUUGAGUACCAGCGGGCCUUCAACCACCCGGAACGUCUGUAUGCGCCAGGACCUACCAACGAGACGCUGGUCUUUGAAGUCCUGAUGCAAGGCAAAAAUCCGGGGAUAGCUUGGAAGUAUGCACUUCCCAAGGUCAUGAAUGGAACUCAUCCGGCCUCAAAAAGGCACAGUCAUGCCUGGAGUACGGUGCAGUCUCAGUGCUCUGCGACCUGCGGUGGAGGUUACAUAAGCGUAAAGGCCAUUUGCUUACGAGAUCAAAACACUCAAGUCAGUUCCUCCUUCUGCAACGCAAGAACCAAGCCAGCAACUGAACCCAAAAUAUGCAAUGCUUUCUCCUGCCCUGCUUACUGGAAGCCAGGCGAAUGGAGCGUGUGCAGCAGGUCAUGUGCGGGGGGCCAGCAGAGCAGGAAGAUCCAGUGUGUCCAGAAGAAGCCGUUCCAGAAGGAGGAAGCAGUGUUACAUUCUCUCUGCCCAGUGAGCACGCCCACUCAGGUGCGAGUCUGCAACAGUCAUGCCUGCCCUCCAGAAUGGAGCCUUGGACCCUGGUCUCAGUGUUCCAAGACCUGCGGGCGAGGGGUGAGGAAACGUGAAAUCCUGUGCAAAAGCCCCCCGACGGCAGAGGAUCUCCCAGAGAACCUGUGCUCCAGCGCCCCGAGGCCAGAGUCACAGGAGGGCUGUGUCUUAGGACGAUGCCCCAAAAACAACCGGCUGCAGUGGGUUGUCUCUUCCUGGAGUGAGUGUUCGAUGACCUGUGGUUUGGGCGUGAGGAAGAGGGAGAUGAAAUGCAGUGAGAAGGCCUUCCAGGGAAAGCUGAUCACUUUCCCGGAGCGAAGGUGCCGCCAUAUUAAGAAACCAAUUCUCGACCUGGAAGAAACCUGCCAGCGGGGGGCUUGUCCAGCCCGUCCUGAGUUCAGUGUGGCAGCUGGAUGGUAUUCAUCGCCGUGGCAGCAGUGCACGGUGACCUGUGGAGGGGGCGUCCAGACCCGCUCGGUCCACUGCGUCCAGCAGGGCCGGCCUUCCUCCAGUUGUCUGCUCCGUCAGAAACCUCCCGUGCUACGAGCCUGUAACACAAACUUCUGUCCAUCUCCUGCAAAGAGAGAAGAUCCAUCCUGUGUAGAUUUCUUCAGCUGGUGUCACCUUGUUCCUCAACAUGGCAUCUGCAACCACAAAUUUCACGGUCAUCAGUGCUGCAAAUCCUGCACGAGGAAGAGCUGACCUUGAUGCCCUCCCUAACACCGCAGGACCAGGGUCUCACCUCUCUCCUCCGGAGCUCGAAAGCUGAUCCCUGCAGACCACUCCUGCAUGGCUACAGCAGCCCCCGGGGAGCUGGCUCUCAAGAACAGACAGGCUCCUUCUCCAAGUCCCCAAAGCACACGGUACUCCGAAGCACUUGAAGACGGGAAGCGAGGACCCAUCUGACUUCCAAGAGAAAUGACAAAAGAACGUUUUUGAUUUGCACUGUUACAGGAAAGAGGUGAUGGGUCACAUUGAGAUACGUCACCUUUUAAUUUUGACGAAGAAUCUGGUCAACUCUGGGAGAGACACCCCCCCCCGCCCUUGAAGUUUAGAGUGUUCCAUGGCAAGGACAUGUUUUGAAAUGGUUCUUGAAGACUUAGAUCCAAGACUGAGCCUUGGAGCAAUCAAAUACGGAUGGAACACCUUGCUUAACCGUUAUUCGGAGCUCACAGUUGGAUGGACGCUGUGGCCAGCCCGAAUUCGGUUACACAGGAAGCCAAAUGGUGCUCAUAACUGUGCUUGCUGCUGGACCAACAAGCUUCACGUUAUGUUUAUUCAGUGUGCGUGUGUUGUUUUUAUUAUUUUGUUCAAAGUAUAUCCUGCUUAUAGAGAGUCUCCAAGACUAAAAUUUACAACUUGAAAAGUGUUCUGAGGAAUAUUCUGAAAACAGGGCAACUUGGACUAUUUAAGAAGAUCUCCAUUGAAUUGAAAUUACAAUCUGAAAAAAAAAAAACCCACAAAACUUACAUCAAAGGCCAACGUUGACGUCCUACACAUUAUAUGAACCUCGUAACUCUUGGUGCUAGCUGAACAAGGACAUGGAGCCUCAAGUCUGCUCUUUGGGAAUCAGAAUUGGUGAGGUGUUCAUUUCUGGUAAAAAGCGAGGAGGAGCUAAGUAGCAAAAUCACAGUGUUAGACUAUCAUUUAUAAUGUUCCCUACAUAUCAGCAGGGCUGCUUGGAAAAUUAAAGACCACUUGUGGUUUUUCUCCUACCAACUGUCAUGUUUAAAAUUUCCCUAAGAUUUAGUUAACAACAAGAAAAGAGUGGCAAUAGAAAACCCAUCUGUCUUCUUGCUAUGUUAAUAUUAAUAAAUCAUAAGCCAAGGCCCUUCAAUAAAUACGAAUAUUUUAUAAUCUUACAGAUGAUAUUUUCAGUCAUCGGAAGCCAGCUGUUGAUAGGCAUUAAUGAGCUUAAAAUUGUUCUCAGUUGGAAAAUACCACACUAGUUUGCCAAAACCAAAGUGACUUACAAGAUGGAGUCCUUCUGAAAUUUUUUGAGAUGUGGUUAAAAAGGGCAUAUUUAUAUAAUCCCACACUAUUCCUCAGUUUCUUUGAUGAAUGGAACCCAAUUUUACUGCUUUCUCAAGUCUCAAUUCAAACAGGGUUUGCCAGCUCAGCACCACCAACUAGACAGUGGUUUGUUAAAUUUAGAACAUCCUUCGUUCCCAUUCUAAUUAAAAUCAUGCCUUCAUGAAUCUCAGAGAAAUAAUGAUUGAAUAGUCUCUCAAACCACUUGGCUUGGCCUAGAGUAGCAGCCAUUUUAUUAUCAAAAAAAAUAUAGUUCCACAUCCCCACCCCCUUGCCCUCUGAAAAAUUGCAAAUUAUUCAUUUCUUUAUAUAAUGAUCAUUUUAUUAUUUUAUGGAAAAAUUAAUUUAUUAAUAGCCUAUUCUUAUGUGUUCUCACUUGCUUCUCUAAGCGAUAUUAAUUCUGAGGAAAAAUGAUGAAUAAAACAAUGGGUUAUAGAGAAAAGUCAAAAUAUAUGUGUAAUAUUUAAUUAUUUUAUAAGUUUUAUAAUAAAGUGUUCUGUUUAUCUUUGA